AACUAGGCUCCGGCCGGGCGGCAGGCGGGGGCCACGUCAGCCAGACCGCCGGGGGCUCGCGGGAAGGGGGCCCCACGGGCGCCAUGCGGCGGAGCGCGCUGCUGGCGGGCGCCCUGGUAGCCUACGCCGCGUACCUGGUGCUGGGCGCGCUGCUGGUGGCGCGGCUGGAGGGGCCGCACGAGGCUCGGCUCCGAGCCGAGCUGGGGACGCUGCGGGCAAAGCUGCUGCAGCGCAGCCCGUGUGUGGCUGCCUCCGCCCUGGACGCCUUCGUGGAGCGGGUCCUGGCGGCCGGACGGCUGGGGCGCGCUGUGUUGGCCAACGCUUCGGGGACCGCCAACGCCUCGGACGCCACCUGGGACUUCGCUUCGGCGUUCUUCUUCGCCAGCACGCUAGUCACCACCGUAGGCUAUGGGUACACAACGCCGCUGACUGACACGGGCAAGGCCUUCGCCAUUGCCUUUGCGCUUCUGGGUGUGCCAGCCACCAUGCUGCUGCUGACAGCCUCUGCCCAGCACCUGUCCCUGCUGCUGACCCACAAACCCCUGUCCUGGAUGAGCCUGCGUAGGGGCUGGGACCCUCGGCGGGCGGCCCGCUGGCACCUGGUGGUCCUGCUGGGAGUUGUGGUGACCAUCUGCUUCCUGGUGCCAGCCGCAGUCUUCUUCCACCUUGAGGAGGCCUGGAGCUUCCUGGAUGCCUUGUACUUCUGCUUCAUCUCCCUGUCCACCAUCGGCCUGGGUGACUACGUGCCUGGGGAGGCCCCUGGCCAGCCCUAUCGGGCCCUCUACAAGGUGCUGGUCACAGCCUACCUCUUCCUGGGCCUGGUCACCAUGGUGGUGGUGCUGCAGACUUUGCGCCAUGUGUCCGACCUUCACGGCUUCACAGAGCUCAUCUUGAUGCCCACUCCAUGCCCUGCCAGUGCCAGCGAGGAUGAGGAUGAUCGAGUGGACAUUCUGGACCCCUCGUCAGAGCCACACCAGCAGCUCACUGCCGGCUCCCACACUGACUACGCCUCCAUCCCUAGGUAGCUGGGGCAGGGGCCCUGAGGCUGAGACGAACUGGCCUGGUGCUAAGGUGCCCGCUGGAUCAGAGCUGACAUUACAGGAGUGUCCAUGUGCACAUAUAGGUGUUCCUGAGACAUCGCAACCAACUCUGUGCCCUUCAUUUACAGCCCCAGGCUGGGUGCGAGGGGCAGGUGUGCCCUGUUUCCAUGCCCUGGGCUCCACUGAGCACGAGCAUUGCCCCUUUCUCCCUUUUUCCCUCACGCUUUGUGCCCCUUUGGCUUUCUGUCUUUCUCACUGUCUCUGUCUUUCCCUCUCACCCUCUUUUCUCACUCCCUUACAUACUUCAUCUGUCUCCACUUGUCAAGUGCCGAUUCUACCAGGCAAUGGGAUCAGACCCCAUUUUGGGCCUUGGAGAAGUGACUGCCCCUCUCAGAGCCUGGAUUUAGUCAACUGUCAAAUGGGAAGAAUAUAUUCAUUCAUCCAGAAACCCCUCUGUCUUAGUCAUCUAGUGCUGCUAUAACAGAAAUACCACAAGUGGAUGGCUUUAACAAACAGAAAUUUAAUUCUCUCACAGUCUAGGAGGCUAGAGGUCAGAAUU